AUGCUCAUGUUGAAGGUAUCAGCAUCUAGACUACUCACUCUUGUGAUCCACGUUGCUCAUAGGUAUACCCCUCAUACCAAGCGCAAAGCUUCUCGUAGAGAGUGGCGCUAUAGUGAUGGACAGGGCAUGCGUGAUACGAGGAGGAUCGUAGCGCUGGAAAAACAAUUCGACUGCCGAGUCUUCACUGUUGACAAGACCCAUCCCGAACGGGUCGGUUACGUGGCCAGUGAUGGUCCGCGGCAUAUACAGGGCAACUUCAAUGACCCCAGACGGAUGCUGAGCUCUUUCCAAGAGGCAUGGGGGAAGGAGGGGCACCACCAGUUCUGCCUGAUCGCCCUAGACUACUUCCGGAGCCCCGCUGGGUGGUCCGAGACGAAUUGGAGUAAGGCCUUUUUCGACCACACCCUGCCAGCAUUCUGCACAGAGGGCUGGAUGAUGCCCGACAAUGGCCGCUUGAUACUGCCUAACACUACCUGCACGAUGGAGGGUAUUCGUGCCUCUGACGCCCUCCAAGCGUGCUUCAAUAUAGCGGCGCUCCAAGAUCCGGAUGAUAAUCCACUAUGGGCUGCUACCGGAGCGUUGGAGGCUGAUAGAACGCUGUAUGAUAUGACCGGUCACUACACUAACGAUACUGAGCGGAGGCACUUGGACGAGGUGGCGCCCUUCAUCCAGCUCACCCCCAAGCACGGCAUGUGUGGGUCUAAGAUGAAGAGUUGA